AUGCACGGAGAGAGCAGUGAUGACGUAAUCGUGUCUAUGAGCCCGUCAGCGAAGGAGGUAUACUUGCUGAACCAGGAGACCGCGCCUUGGCGUGUGGACAUGCCGCUGUGGUCGUGCCCUGGUGUGGCUCGCGACGCGUCACCUGCGACGUCGCAGGCUGGAGUUUACGAGGCGCUCGGGCGGCCACUCCUGCAGCAUGCACUUGACGGCUACAAUAGCACACUCAUGGCGUACGGGCAGACAGGUAGCGGCAAGACCUACACGAUGAUAGGCGACCACCGCGAUGAUGAUGACGGCGAAGGGGCCGGCAUCAUUCCCCGCAUGUGCCGUGACCUCUUCCACAGAUUGAACAACCGCUCCUUCACCGCCACCGGCGGUGAGCGCUUCAGCUGGGAGGUGCACGUGCGCUACGUCGAGGUGUACUGCGAGAAGAUUAGUGACCUCCUCAACUCCGGGGCGUCGGUUGGCAUUCGCGAGGAGAUCACACCUCAGAGCGCCACCUUCGCGCUAGUCGGUGCUCGCCGUGUCAAGGUAACCGGCACAGACGACCUUCUGCAGGCUCUCGCAAUGGGCAACAAGUGGCGCCACACGGCGUCCACGAAGCUGAAUGACCGGAGUAGUCGUAGCCACGCCAUCUUUAUGAUCGACUUGACAGAGAUCAUCUCUUUCACUGAGCCUGGCGGCACUGUCGUCAGCGCGCCGAGCAAGAGCCUUAGCAUUCGCCUGGUCGACCUGGCCGGGAGCGAGCGGGUGAGUGAGACAGGGGUCCAGGGGCAGAAACUCAAAGAGGUGAAGGAUAUCAACCUCUCUCUCUUCACACUUGGCUGUGUGAUCGAGUGCCUCUCUGACCCCAAGCGGCGCGGAAUCAAACCACCGUAUCGCGACAGUGUGCUCACAAAGCUCCUCCGAGACGCCUUCGGAGGCAACAGCAAGACGACGAUGAUUUGCACAAUCGGCCCUUGCGAAGCGCAGCGCAUGCAGACGGUACAGACGCUACACUACGCGGCUAAAGCCCGCCAUGUGAUGAACAAGCCUCGCGUCAAGGAGGACCCGUCCGCUGUGGAGCUGCGCCGCGCUAACGAAGAGCUCAUUGCGUUGCGGCGCCAGCUGGAUGAGGCACAGCGCAACGGCAGCCACUACGAGUCCAUCGAGGCGGAGCUGAAGGAGGCAAACAUGCGCCUGCGCCGCGAGCAGGAGGAUGCGAGGCUGCGCAAGCAGGUGAUGAAGAAGCGUGAGGCAGAGCUGGCUGUUCGGCUGCGGGAGCUGGAGGAUCAGCGAGAGGCCUACGAGGCGCAGAUGCAGGCUCUCGAGGCCGAGGCCGAGCGAGCGCGUGUGCAGCAGGAAAAGCGUGAGGUGGAGUUGCGUCGGGCACAUGAGGUGGCCACCGACUACGCACGUAACCGACUCGAAGAGAUGGAGAAGCAGUGUGUCUCCGCUGAGGCAGCGCUGCGCUCCAAAGAGGAGGAACUUGUGAAGAAGCAGCGCGCCAUCGAGGAAAAGAUGCGGGCAGCAGAGGCGAGUUCGCGAUGCCGCAUCGAUGGGCUGCAGCAGCAGCAGCAGGAGAUGGAGAAGACUCUGAAGGAGAAGGAGCGGCUAGCCUCGAUGCACGAACGCGAGAUGCGUCACAAGUACGAGAAGGCCGAGGAGGAGCUGAAGUCGAUGGAGACGCGUCACUUCCAGAUGGAGCAGGAAUGGUUGGCCAAGGUCAAGACCCUUGAGGUGACUGCGAAGCAACGCGAGGAGGAAGUGGCGCAGCGCAUUCGUGAGGCACAGGAGGCACAGUGCAAGGCCGAGGCCGCAGCGCGCCGCAAGGAGGAGGAGAUGCAACGGAAGUGGAUUGAGGCGGACAACAAGGGGCGACAGCUGCAGUCUGAGGCGGCGGUGAAGGAGGCCGAGCUGAGCCGGCGCGUGCAGGAGGCGAAUCGCAAAGCGGAGAAGCGCGAGGAGGAAAUCAAUGAGCGUCUGCGCAGAGCAGAGUACGAUCUCAGCCUCCGCGAGAGAGAGACGACCCGGCAGCUGCUCGAGGUGGAGGCACUUCGACAAGCGACUGAGCUGCAGUCGGAGACGACUCGCGCGAAGGAGCGCACAAUCGAGGAGGCGCACAGCGUUCGCACGGAGUCCCUGCAGGUUAUUGAGGCGCAGCUUCAGCAGCGCGAAAAGGAGCUGCGCAAGCAGUUUGACGAGCUGAUGCAGGUGAAACGAGCGUGGAAUGAUCAGCACGCGGACCAACGGCAGAAGCUGCAUGAAGAGCAUGAAGCCUCUCUGAAAGCUGUAAGGCAAUGGGAGUCGGACGUCUCUCAGCGAGAGAUGGAGCUGCGCCGGCAAAACGUCGAACUUGCUGGAAAGCUGCGCGCACAGGAGAUGGAGUUGGAGAAGCAACAGAUGGCGCUGCUGGCAGACAAGAACGAGUUCGAAACGGCGAUGCAGCGGGACCGGCGUGCGAUGCUUCGCACGAGAGAGGAGAUGCAGCUCACACAGGAUCGCAACGAUGUGGAAUUCAAAAUGCGCCAGGAUAAGCUAAUCGAGUGGGAGACGGGGCUGCGUGACCGCCGCGCCGAGAUGGAAGCGACGCAAAAGGAGCGUGAGGCGGCGCUGCAGCAGAAGGAGGUGGAGCUGGUGGCGCUGCAGGAUGCGACCAUGGCGAAAGAGAUGAAGCUCUAUCAGUCCAAGGAACGACUCAAGGUGGAGCAGGCUGACCUCCAGCGCCGUGCCAAGGCGGCCGGGAUGAAGCGAGGGCGCAUGCAAGAGGCUCUCUUCACUGGCCUGCAGCGGCUUGCGGUGCGACAAUGUGGCAGUGGUGACGACGACGUCUGCGACGCCGACGCGCUCGACGGCGUGUGCAUGUCUGCAGAGUUCAUGGCGAGCCAGGACAACACCGAAUUCUCCACCAGUGUGUUGAACCGACGAGAGCAGCGGUACUUCUGCGCUUUUGAGAGCAUGUACCGCGCCAACAUCCUGGCCGAGGCGAGGAUAGAGUUUCGCAACUUGGUCCGCAACAACCAGCUUGAGGCUCGCGACAUAGAGCGGUAUGCCGAGGUGAUGCGGAUGCGGGAGGUAACAAGCGCACUGCAGACGAAACUGGACGCGGCCUUGAGCGAGUCCAAGGCUGCCGAGUCGAGAGCAGCUGCAUCGCAAGGGCAGGUGGAGACUCUGAUGGAUGAGCUGGAGAACUUGCAGCGACAGGCGCUUGAGAUGAAGGUGCAGAUGGGCAGCGCCGUCUCUGCCGCCAAAUUUGCAGAGGCACAAGUGCACCAGCUUCGGAUUGAGGCCUACGAAGCCGACGCGAAGCACCGCGAUCGCGAGCAGGAGUGCCAGUCUUCCGUGAUCGAGGCGCAGAGCGCCGCUUCCGCUGCUGCUCGCACCCAGAGCUUCCUUCACCAGCUGGCGAUGCGCGUCCUGCUGGCGUGCGAAGAGGAGCAGCGCAGCCUACUCGAGCACCAUCGAACCAGCGAGCACCAGUCACUGUACCUCUUGCAGAUAUCCGAUCGGCGCGUGCUGGAUCGGGAGGGCGCAAUCCGCAAGUGGCAGUCACUCUACCGCCGUCGCAGCGAGGAGGACACGCCGGCGAGGGCAAGGGACGACGCCGCACAGCAGCGACGCGUGGCCGAGGAGGCUCAGCGCUUGCGCAACGUUCAGCGCGACGGCGAUGCGCUCACACGACGAGAGGAUUGCCUUGCCGCAGAGCGGGAGCAGUUUGAGCAGCGUGUGCUCAACUUUGAGAGCUACGGGCGCGCGCAGACGACGGAGCUGUCACGGCAGGAGCAAGAGGUGAAGAGGUACUUGCUGGAACUUGAAGAUAUGGAUCAGCGCAAGAUGCGCGAGUACGCAGAGCGCGAGCGGCACCUCGUAGAAAUUGCGGAGCACCUCAAGAUGCGGCAGGCUCGUAUUCGCACUAAUGCACAGGUCCUGUUUCACUCUCUGCUGCAGAGAUCUGUGGAGCAGCAGUUAGUGCUGACAGAGGCGCAUGAGGAGCUGAAGCGCAUCAAUCGGCAGCGCGCCAAGUACAUGGCACGGGCGAGGCAGCUCACUGAGCAAGUACAGCGCGGCAAUGCGGUUGCCAUGCAGGAGCUAGUGAAACUACACGAGGAGUACGUCGAGUCAGAGAAGCAGCAGCUAACACGGCGAGCUCACAGGAUUGAGGAAGAGGAGGUGCGCAGCAAGCAGCGUCUGGCUGAGCAGGAGGCCGAGAUUCACCGCUAUCUACUCGAGAUCGAGGAGGAGGAUGUUCGCCGCAACGCGCUUUCACAGCAAGGCCAGGAGCUGAUGCAGGAGGCCGAGGCGCGUCUGUCCAAGGCGCAGUUUAAGGAAGCUGCGUUGCGCGACCUGGCCCGCCAAAUCCAUCUCGAGGCGAUGGAGUCGGAGGAGAAGGCACGCACGAUGGAGACCACGCUGCGGCGAGAGGAAAAGUCAACUCGCGAGAAGCUCAAGCAUCGCAAAGUGGAGCUAGAGCAGCGGCAGCGGGCCGCCAGCAGCGCCGCCGAGGACAACGAGCGGACGCUACUGGAGAUGGAGACGGACUUGUUGGCAAUUGUGAACAAGAACAAGGAUGCCGAGCACGUCAUCCAGACACGUGAGGCGGAGAUUAAACGGCAGAAGAUGUACUACAUGGACCUCUCCAAGAUGCUGGCUGAGCGCGAUGAGAUGCUCAGGAAGGAGCAUGCGCUGCGCAUCUGCGGCAAAAAGAACGCCGGCUCUCUGGCUAAGGACCUACUCGACGUCAAUGAUGCUCUGCGCAAGCAGGUAGUUACGUGGAAGCAAAAGUUCGACGUCCUCCUCUCGGAGGGCAAGGUCGAGUGCGAGAAGUGCUCGUGGAAGAACAAGCGGGACACAUUGAUGUGCAUGUGCUGUGGGCACGCGGGGUUGCUGGAGUUGUCGCAGACGUGCUGA